UGAGUCACUGUUUACACUGAAUUGUCUUUAAGCAAAUUCAACAAUCAAAUUUGUAACCGUUUCCUGGCAGCAAGAGAUGUGAACAACGGGAUACUUUUCACCCCAGUUGGAGAGUCGGAGCCUCUUCCCAGAAGAUAAGUUCUCAAAUAUAAGUUGUGCAAGACUAAGAUUCUUGUGAUGCUUUUGUAAAUUAGCUGGUGGUCUGGCACCAUUUCUAAACCAUUGCUGUUUUCUGAUCAACUGCAGUGUUUAGAAAAUUUUUCCACAUUGAAACUAAAGGCAUAGAUUGUUUUCCCUGCACUUGACCUCACUGUACACAAUAAACUGUCACAAAGGAAUGUGACUGGAAACAGUGCUCUCUGUCAACAGCACAGUUAGUGUGGCUAAGAGUUAACGAUCUGUGUUUGGUUAACUCUCAGCCGGCAAAACAAAGCAUGUUUGACAGUCAUUGCACUAAAAAGGCCUUAGGGUCAUUUGGGUGGGAACAAAUUCUUUUAGCUGUAACACUUGUGCCAUAAAGUGGCCUCAUAGAGCAAUUUAGCAUAGCAGAACCAUUCAGCAUCAUCCAAUUCCUGGAUAUAUUUUGGUUUGUAUUUUGUCCAUUUCACAACAGAGGACAUGUUUUCCUUAUCCUGUAGGAUAUGAUUUUACUUUGUCACAGUUGAGUAAGCUCACUGUAGUGUGGUAACAUAUCUAUCACAGGAGAGGGCACUGCAUCUGCAAGUCCUCACUGUUAUCAGUGGUGGCUUCCUGGUAUGCGUAAUGACUGUUUGCAGGCUGGGUCUGGGGGGGCUGGCAACUCUGCAGAGCAGUUCUGCUGACUGCAGUAGAGAGGGACUACCUCAGUGCGUCAGCACUCUGAAAUGAAUGAAGAAAAAAACGAAUCAGUCAGAUUGACUGCAGAGACAGAGAGGGAGAGAAGACUCUACACACUUUCUAAUCUUGAUAUUUUGUGUAGCUGUCCUCACAUGCACUAGUGGCCGGGAGCACAUGCUCUGUAAGAUGUGAAGUACUCCCCAACCCCCCCACCGGUGCUAUAAAUCAAGAUGACCUUCCUUCUUUUCAUCCUCUUGGCCCUCUCCAAGAGCCGAGCUGACAGUUUUGAAGAGGCAUACAGUGACCUGGAACACUACAGGACUAUAUACAUCUCAGAAAAUGGCCCCAGACUCUCAGUUGACACAGCACAACCCAAAGUAAUCUCUCAACGUGGAGGCAACGCCACACUGCAGUGCAAGUUCAAUCGGGAUCCCUCAUCUCCCCCAAAUCCCAAAAUGAGGAUUAAAUGGACUAAACUGACUUCAGACUAUCUGAAGGAAAUUGAUGUGUUUGUAGCUAUGGGCUUCCACAAAAAGAGCUAUGGUCGAUUCCAUGGCCGUGUACACCUGCAGGCUGCCAGCAAGAAUGAUGCCUCAUUAGUUAUCACUGACAUCACUCUGGAGGAUUAUGGGAAAUACAAGUGUGAAGUUAUCAAUGGCUUGGAGGAUGAUACUGCAGUUGUAUCCCUUGACCUGGAAGGCAUUGUGUUCCCAUAUUUUCCUCGACUGGGACGUUACAACCUGAACUUCGCUGAUGCUGAGAAAGCUUGCCGAGACCAGGAUGCCACUGUGGCAUCUUUCGAUCAGCUGUAUGAUGCAUGGAGAGACGGGUUGGAUUGGUGCAAUGCAGGUUGGCUCAGUGACGGAUCGGUGCAAUACCCCAUCACCAAACCAAGAGAGCCAUGUGGAGGCAAAAACACCAUUCCUGGUGUGAGGAAUUAUGGGAUGCGUGACAAGCAAAAGGAAAGAUAUGAUGUCUUCUGUUUUACCUCUAACUAUAAAGGACGUUUCUAUUAUCUGAUACACCCUUUCAAACUUUCGUAUGAUGAGGCAGUGCGGGCAUGUCAAAAGGACGGUGCUCAGAUCGCCAAAGUUGGGCAGAUGUACGCAGCAUGGAAGCUGCUGGGCUACGACCGCUGUGAUGCAGGCUGGCUGGCGGACGGCAGCGUACGUUACCCGAUCUCAAGACCACGCAGACGCUGCAGUCCCACGGAGGCUGCCGUCCGCUUCUCUGGUUUUCCAGACAAGAAGCACAAACUCUAUGGCGUCUACUGCUACAAGAGUGACAACUGAGCGUACCAACUGUAUAUCUCAAGAACUAAGUGUGAUAAUGUAAGGCGUUAGAGUGCAUUAAAACUGUGACAAAGUCUCUAGAUACUGUAAUACAAAAUGAUUUAAAUAUAAAAUAAGUGAUUGGUGUUUGUUUGAAGCAAAGAUUCUGUAGAAUUAGGCACCUCAGGCACCCUCUUCUCUCAAAAUCAGGACUUUGCUACAAGACGUCAACAGGACAGGAAAAGUAUUCAUUCGGUGCCGCAGAAAUUAUAGCAACUGGUUCCAGGUCUGAAUGAUCUUAUACAGUACAGCAGUGCUGAAGGAAGAGUUAUUUGGUGAGACUGCAGAAGAAAUUUACACUGUACUCUUCCAUUUAGCAUGCAGUAGCUUGAGGGAUGUUCUAGAACAGAAUGAUAGCAAAGCUUACAUAGUUUGAACUGAUACCUUUGGGCACUUAGUUUAUCAUUCAAGAACAUCAUAUUCCAUAUAAAUAGCAUGUUAGAAAUAUAUUUUCUGUUAAUAGGAAAACAAAUUAGACGAAAGUCCUAAAUACCAUACAGUACAGCCAUGGCAUAAUGAACCAUUUUUUCUUUUGCCAUCCUUACAGGGUGCUAUAUUGUAUUAUUUUCUAAAAGUAUACCUUUUUAAAUUUAGUUUUAGGUGUGGACCAAACCAUGUUGAGUCAUAAGUCGCAUUGUUUUGUGAUUUUUUUAAACUAUUGAAAUAUACAAGUAGAGCGUUUAUAAAUGUAUUUUAAUUAUAUUUUUCUUGAAACUAUGUGUUUAUACAAUUUCUCCCCUAAAACGCAAUGUAAGAAAUUCAGAGCUCCAAUGUAUUGACCUCGUCACUGUCAAAUGUUAUUUGUGUUCAGGAAGAUGAAGAGAUCUGUGGUUCACACCACAGACAUUAUAACAAAACCAUUGUUUUUCCAAAAGUAAAUCUUGGUUUGUUUUCUAGAA